AAAAUUUGGACACAAUUUUAAAUGUUUGACUAAGACCAAGAGUUAGAAUCACUUGCUUGUGCUCGAAUCGGUGGGAGCAGGAUGGACCAAGAAGCUAGGAAUGCGCAGUAGACCGUAGUACAGUACCACCGAGCACGUGAAAAAAAAGCCGACUUGUCACAGCUGCGGGAACAAGGGAAGCACCCACUCCGGCGUCUCUCCUUCUCCCAAGUACAGACAGGACCUCCCAAAAUGCUGCCCAUUGUCCGUGGCGCCGUCUCCGGCCGCCUACGGCGCCCCCUCUCCACCGCCGCCACUCGCCCUCCGUGGGUGAUGAUGGACCGGGAGAUAAAGCAGACGAAAUCCCGGGGAGGCGUGUCGUGCUCGUUCCGCCCGCCCCCGUCCGCCUCCUCCAUCACCAUCCCCAUCUGGUCCUUGGCCCUCGAGCCCCCGGGGGACAAGCGCGCAUACAUGGACACGAUGCGCUGCCGCCUCCUCGCCGCCAGCAGCGACGGCUUCCUCCUCCUGGACACCCUCAAGUCCCGCGUCAAGCUCCCGGACGGCCUCCCGGUCGAGGCGCUCCGGGUCGAGGCGGUGCUCCUCAAGGCCGUCCCUUCCGAGCCCGUCUGCCGGUGGUCGGAGCGCCGGGUCUGCAACCCGGUCACCGGCGAGCUGCUCUGCCUCCCGGACUUCCCCCGCGGCGGCGGCGCGGCGGGCAAGGCCUCCACAGGCUGCACGGACGGCACGGGCAUGGGCCUCCUCACCCAGGCUCCCGAGGCGAGGUACGCCGCCGCGCAGCUUAGCGUGGCCCACGACGGACGCCGCUUCCUGCUGCGCCGGUUCGACUCGCGGAAGGGGGUUUGGGAGGACGACCUGGUGCUGCCGUCCCCGCUGCCGCCUGGCCGCCGGAUGCACAUGGUUCUUCACGAGGUGUUUGAUUUCGGCGGCCGGCUCUGGUGGGUGGACGUCAGCUGGGGCGCCGUCUGCCUCGACCCCUUCUGCGACCAGCCCCAGCUCCGCCCCGUCGAGCUUCCCGCGGGCACCGUGCUCGCUGGCUCUGUCUCACGGAACGAGACUAACAUGCGGAUCCUCGACAAGCACCGGCGCAUGGGAGUCAGCGUCGGCAGGCUGGUCUACGCCGAGGCCGAUGCGUUCCAUGUCAGGUCCUUCGCUCUGGACGACGAGAGCGGCAGCUGGACGCUGGAGCACGAUGUGUCCGUCGCCAGCCUUUGGCCCGACGUGAAGGUGCUGCCUUCCAUCGCUGCUAUCGACCCACUCGACAGUGAUGUGCUGCAUCUCAACGUCAAGGAGUUUACCAUCAGCGUCGACUUGCGCCAGGAGAAGGUGAUGGUGGGUGCUGCAUUUCUGCAGGGUGGCGUUUCUCCUCAGUCCGCAGCAAGUUCCUAUCUGCCAUGUGUGCUCCCGUCGUUUCUCGGAUCGACCCCCAUUCCAGGCAACAACGACGUAAAAAAGAACAAGACUCUGGCAGAUGUUCUGGUUCGUUCAGACAGACAGCCGAAGACAUGAAGGGUUUCUUAAAACUAACAAUCAAGUAGUGGCAGAUGGUGGCAGUUUGUGGGGGACUGACUUUGUGGAAAAUCUGGGGAAGUUUAGUUUUUUUGGAGUUUGCUGAUGAACUAUCUCAAUCUCAUUUUGGUGGAAAUCUGGAAGUUGGUUCAGAGUUUCAGCUGACACUAGUGCAAUCCAGUAGAAUUAGUGAAUUAAAAGGUGAUGCAGUCACAUGUUGAACUCUCUUGUGAGAAAUCUGCAUUGGGGGUUGUUUCUCAGUAUGAGACACAUGUCACAGCUGCCAUAAAUUGUUGAUGAGCGUUUCAGCAUUCAGUGUCUGAUAUGCUUGGUUUUAUGCACUUGCUUGAGUAUUUGUCAA